CUGCACAGAAGGACCUGUACAGGGACGUGAUGUGGAGACCUACUGGAACCUGGUCUCGCUGGUCUGCCUGUGCCCAAGUCACCAUAGGCACUGGAAGGAUGGCCACCCAGCUUCAGACCAAGGAUUCCCUGGGGUCGGUGACAUUCAGGGAUGUGAUGGUGGACUUCACCCAGGAGGAAUGGCAGCAGCUGAAGCCUGCGCAGAAGGACCUGUACAGGGAUGUGAUGAUGGAGAUCUACUGGAACCUGGUCUCACUGGUUUGUCCCCUGUUCUCAGGCUGUGCCUUGUGUCUUGGGAAGAUCCUCUCUGCUGUGGUUAACUACAUGUGUGUCCUCAUCUCUUUCCCCCUCCCCUCAGACUUGGAGACUAGACCUGACACAAAAGAAUCAGACCCACAGGAGAACAACUGUGAAGACAGACCAUCCAUUGCUGUAGUGGCCGAAAGACCUAUGAAGAAUGGUGAUGGGGAUUGUGCCUGUGAAGGAGCAGGGUCACAGAAUGACUGGGUGGGAUGGGAACAGGGGAGCCCAAGAACCUGUCUGGGGCCGUUGGACAAAUCCCACACAUUAGCCCCUGAAUGUUGUGAAUUUAAGGCAUUUGUGCCCCAAAGCCUCAUGCCGGCCCCACUGAGAUCUGAAGGACCAAGAGCACUGGGGACGCACCUGUUCACUGUGUGUGGAAAGGACUCAGGUAAUUCAAGCCUUGGAACUCCCUCCCAACUCAGUUCAGAGAAGAUGUCCUACAGUUGUGGGGACUGCAGCAAGGCUUUCAGCUGUAGCUUGUCCCUGACGGAGCAAUGCCAAAUCCACACGGGGGAGAAGCCCUUCCCCUGCCCCACAUGUGGGAAGCAGUUCACCUCUGGGCAGUCUAAUGUCACCCUCCACCAGUGUGUGCACACUGGGAAGAAGCCGUACAAGUGCGGGGAGUGUGGCAAGGCCUUCAGGGAAAAUAAGAGCCUCAUAGUGCAUCAGAGAAUGCACACUGGGGAGAAGCCAUAUGUGUGCAGGGACUGUGGCAAGGCCUUCAGGCGGAACAGUAGCCUCAUCGUGCAUCAGAGAAUGCACACCGGGGAGAAGCCAUACAAGUGCUGGGAUUGCGGAAAGGCCUUCAGGGAAAGCAGGGGCCUUAUAGUGCAUCAGAGGACGCACACUGGGGAGAAGCCUUAUGCGUGUGGGAAGUGCGGCAAGGCCUUCAGCUAUUACAGGAGCUACAUAGUGCAUCAGAAGACGCACACAGGGGAGAAGCCUUAUGUGUGCAGUGUGUGCGGCAAGGCCUUCAGGGAGAACAGGGGCCUCAUUGUGCAUCAGAGGACGCACACUGGGGAGAAGCCUUAUGUGUGCAGUGUGUGCAGUAAGGCCUUCAGGGACAACAAGAGCCUCGUAGUGCAUCACUGGACGCACACUGGGGAGAAGCCUUAUGUGUGCAGGGAGUGCGGCAAGACCUUCAGUGAGAACAGGAUCCUCAUUGUGCAUCAGAGGACACAUACCGGGGAGAAGCCAUAUGUGUGCGGGGAAUGCGGCAAGGCCUUCAGCCAGAAGGUGCAUGUCAUGCAGCACCAGAGGACACACACCACGGAGAAGCCAUACGCAUGUUGGGACUGUGGCAAGGCCUUCAGGCAGAAGAGGAGCCUCAUCGCGCACCAGAGGACACACACCGGGGAGAAGCCAUAUGCAUGCGGAGUCUGCGGAAAAGCCUUCACCCGGAACAAGGACCUCAUCGUGCACCAAAGGACACACACCAGAGAGAAGCGGUAUGCCUGCGGAGUCUGUGGAAAGGCCUUCAGCAAGAAUUGGAACCUCAGCCUACACCAGAGGAUACACACUGGGGAGAAGCCAUACAUGUGCCAGGACUGUGGUAAGGCCUUCAGCCAGAAGAGUAGCCUCAAAAUGCAUCACAGGACACACACCGGGGAGAAGCCUUACACAUGUGGCCAUUGUGGCAAAGCCUUCAGGCAAUCCUCCUCUUUUAAGAAGCACAGGCGUGUGCACACUGGGGAGUAUGUGUGUGUGUCCCUGUCUGAUUGUCUUCUAGUGGGUGUCGGUGUGUUCUGUCUGCACUAUGGGUCAGGCCUUGACCUGGUCUCUCACUGUGCCUUUCUCUUUCUUCCCCUUACACAGCACCCUCGUCCACUGGUCACCAUGGGCACUGGAAGGAUGGCCACCCAGCCACUGACCACGAAGGCCCUGGAGUCGGUGACAUUCAGGGAUGUGAUGGUGGACUUCACCCAGGAGGAGUGGCAGCAGUUGAAGCCUGUGCAGAAGGACCUGUACAGGGAUGUGAUGAUGGAGAUCUACUGGAACCUGGUCUCACUGGACUUGGAGACUAGACCUGACACAAAAGAAUCAGACCCACAGGAGAACAACUGUGAAGACAGACCAUCCAUUGCUGUAGUGGCCGAAAGACCUAUGAAGAAUGGUGACGGGGAUUGUGCCUGUAAAGGAGCAGGGUCACAGAAAGACUGGGUGGGAUGGGAACAGGGGAGCCCAAGAACCUGUCUGGGGCCAUUGGACAAAUCCCACAUGUUAGCCCCUGAAUGUCGUGAAUUUAAGGCAUUUGUGCCCCAAAGCCUCUUGCCGGCCCCACUGAGAUCUGAAGGACCAAGAGAAUCAGGGAAGUACCUGUUCACCACAUGUAGGAAUAACUCAAGUACUUCAAGCCUUGGACCUUGCUCCAAAUUCAGCACAGAUAAGAAGUCCUGCAAUAGCAGGGACCAUGGCAAGACUUUCAGCUGUAGCUCAUCCCUGAAAGAACAGCAACAAAUCCAUAACAGGGAGAAGUCCUUCUCCUGCACCACAUGUGGGAAGCAGUUCACCUCUGGGCAGUCUAAUGUCACCCUCCACCAGUGCGUGCACACUGGGGAGAAGACAUACAAGUGUGGGCAGUGCAGCAAGGCCUUCAGGAAAAACAAGAGCCUAAUAGCACACCAGAGGAUGCAUACUGGGGACAAGCCGUAUUCAUGUGAGUUCUGUGGAAAGGCCUUCACCCGAAACAAAUACUUCAUCAAGCACCAGAGCAUACACACUGGGGAGAAGCUAUAUCCUUGUGUGGAGUGUGGAAAGGCUUUCAGCCAGAAAUGGAAACUCAACCUACACCAGAGGACACACACUGGAGAGAAGCCUUACCUGUGCAGGCAGUGCAGCAAGACCUUCACCCGGAAUAGGAGCCUCAUAGUACAUCAGAGGUCACACACAGGGGAGAAGCCAUACACGUGUGCAGAGUGCAACAAAGCCUUCAGUGAUAACAGGAGCCUCAUCCUGCAUCAGAGGACACACACAGGGGAGAAGCCAUACAGGUGCAGUGAGUGCAGCAAGGCCUUCACCAGGAACGAGUACCUCAUCACACACCAGAGGACACACACUGGGGAAAAGCCAUACAUGUGCGAGGACUGUGGCAAGGCCUUUAGAAUGAACAGAAAUCUUAUAGUGCACCAGAGGAUACACACUGGGGAGAAGCCAUAUGCGUGCAGGGACUGUGGCAGGGCCUUUACCAGGAAUGAGUACCUCAUCGCACACCAGAGGACACACACUGGGGAAAAGCCUUUUACCUGUCGCCAGUGUGGCAAGUCCUUCAGGCAAAAGUCUUCACUCUGGAGGCACAGCCUUGUGCACACCAGGGGGUAGCCCUACCAGUGCCUCACGCCAGAAGUGCUUCAUGGGGUUCUCAACCCUGCAGGAGCACCAAACCAACCACACAUUAGAGAAGCCCUAUAAGUGCACCCAGUGCAGCAAAGCCUACGUCAGGAACUUCUUCAUCCCUCUCCACCACAGGAUCUACAUGGGAGACAAGCCCUACACAUGGGGCAAGUGCAGAACAUCUUGUAGCCUGUCAAGGCUGGCAGGUUCACUCUGGAUUCAGGCAGAUGGAAAAAAGUUGUGGAGCCCUGGGGAUGCUUGACAUGCCUUUACUCAAUGGUGGGUGAUCCAUGCAUGCAGCAAGCUGCAUGUCCCCCCUAUAUAUUAAAUACAGACAAAGCCAGCAGAGAGCCAGAAUAUUGUAUAACAGCAUGAUUCUGUGCCUAUGAGCCUGCUCAGUGUUAUGGGAACAGAUUAUGGACCUGGUCUCAAGGCUAUGAGGGCAUAGCUUAUCUUAGUUCCCCAGAUAUCUGGAUGAGGGAAUCAGACUGCCUCCAUUUAUCCUACACAGAAAACCUUCAUCAGGACCUUCAACCUCAUGCUAUACCAGAGGAGGUUGCACACGUAGAAGAGGGGCAGGGAAUCUCAGAAGCCCCACAAUACUGGGAGGUCUUGAGCCCUUGUGCAAGUGCAAGACUUGACAUUUGGAGCCCAUGGGUAGGACACAAGAAAAGUCCUGCCCAGACAGGUCCUAGGGAUGUGGGCUUUGGAGAUAGCCACACUAUGCUCACCAUUUGCUUCCAUAGCAUCUGUAUGGCUAUGUGGAAAGUAAGUCCCCCUAUAGGUUUAGUAUCUGGGAGCAUGGCCAGGGCCACUGUGGCUGAAGACUGAACUGGGGUAAACUGUUGUAUGGGUUUGGACAAGGCAUUUAGUGUCUCAGGGUUUCCAUCUCCUUGAUAGUAAAGUGGAGAAUUAGGAGGAGGAAGGAAAGGGCAGGUGGGCUCCAUGGGGACAUUGUCACUUUGUCACACAUGUCUGUAUGUUUGCUCAUUUUCCCCACACCUAGUCCCUUGUUUCCCUGCAACACCAACUGGAGAGUCUCACCCUUGUAAUCUGUAGAAUUUACCAGGUGGGUCAUGAGGAGAAAAACUUUGGAGGGGAUUAAGAAUUAACAGAAGUUGCUUCAUAUAUCAAAGUUUCUCAUAGUGAUGUACUAAAAAUUCUUUUUAAAUAAGACUUUAAUUAAAUGAGACCAGUGUCAUUUUAAACAGUCGCAGGUGCAAAACAUGCAGGGACCCGUUGUCCUGUCCAAAUCAGUAUCAGUGAUUGGGGAAAGGGAACACGAAUACUCCACGGGAACCCUCAGAAACCAGCAACCUACCCUAGUGCACCUGGUCCUUGCAGCCAAGGAUUCCUGGCUUGGGAAUGGUCACAGCACAUCUCAGGCCUGUUAUCAAAGCAGGUGUCCUUGGGGUUUGCUUGUCUCCCAUGACAAAGGAGAAAUAUGAGCAGGAAAUUACAUCUGUCCAUCACCCCUCCACACACAUACUCCCACCAGCAGCAUGAGGAGACUCAGUGAUAUCUCAAUCACUGAAAUUUUAAGGGAGACCAAUGUCAUUUUAAACACUCAUCAGGGGCAAAAGGUACAGGUACAGGUUUUCCUGUCAAAAUGAGUGUCAACACUUGGGGGUAGGGAGUACAAAUACUCCUGAGGAACCCCAGGAACCCAGCAAGCCUACACAAGGUAUGAGGCCACCUGCCUCUCCCAGCCCUGCAUUCCUGGCUUGAGAAUGGUCAGACCAGGUGGCAGGGCCCAGACCCUCUGCAAGGAGAUUGGGCAAAGGGUCCCUCUUGUAGAAACCCAGCCUUGUGGACCCCAACCCUGCAGGGGUGUUCCAGUUACAGCAGAAAAAUCCUCGCUCACAUCACAGGAUGAGCCCAACCCACUCCCUGCAGGCUGUAAGUCUUGGGAAAAUAAAGUGCCUUCAAUCAGGCAGGGGAAUUAGUCUAUGCCUUACCCAUAGCCUAGGUCAUGUUUUAGUUAAUAUUUUGUUACUGCUGCUGCCAGUGAUCUGUCACCAAUAACAAAUAGCAAACGAUAUAAGAACGGUGCUGUAUUACCUAUAAUAAAUAAGGCAUUUAUUAAUAAAUGGGUAGUUAGUUA